CAUAUGCAUCCUCCUUUUUCCCCUUUUUUAACAAUUUUCUUUUUGCAAAAUAUUUUUUUUACUAAGUUUUGGACCUGUUUGGCCUGACAGUUUUUUUAGACUUUUGUACGUCAAACACUGGCCCCCAUGACCUUAUUAAUAGCAUGGCCUGGGAAAUGGCAGUGAAGCCCUAGAGAAACCAUCCACGCUUUUUACGAUCAUUUUUCCCCUUUUUCACUUAUAAGAAACAUUUUUUAUUCAUAUCUACACAACCCAAAACACACGGCUCAAUAUGAAAGUUCUCAGCGUAAAAAGCUGAGAGGCUUUCUCCAAGUUCAUAUUCAAAAAGUCUUUAUUGCCCUUUCAUAUUCAUUGGUUGUAGGCUUGUGGCUCCUACUCUCUAUCCAACCGUGCAUAUAUUCUUAACUAUAGUUGUUGAAAGAAAUCUUAAGCAAAUUAAAUAUAUAGCACUACGUCACUACAUGCUGAUUUAUACUAAACAAAAUAUUUUUACUAGUUUUUAACAUUGUAUUAAAAUAAUUUUUAAGAAUAAUUUAUCAAUUAUUGAAACAAUGUCAUUAAUUUUGGAUAGUUGAUGAUAAUUUUUUCUUUUGUGAUUCUAAUUUCUAACUACAUAUUUUUUAUGAUAUAAGCAUUAAUAAAUUCUUAUUUAAACUAAAUGGAGUUUAAUAUUUGUUAUAUAUCCACGGUGUUGGGUCAAUGAAUUUUGGUUUAGGAAAACGAAAACGCCCAUUACAGUACUAGGUCAGCUCACUGAGCUAGCCAACAAUAGCUAAGACCCAUGAGAAGUUGCAACAUUGUGUGUGAGCGAAACUGUGUUCUGGGCCCAUUAUGGCCCAAUCGAAGGCUUCUUCUGAUAAACACAAUCCUCCUCCUAUAUCCCUUAUCCUUUCCACUUCACCAAUCUUUACGACCUUGGUUUCAGAGAAAAGAACCACACUGUAAUGGCGGCAGUCCCAAUGGCAACGGCCACUCCUACAGACUCCAUGAGCAGAGUUUGGAGCAUGUCAUCUCUCAAAUCAUCUCUCCCCUCCGCCGUAACUUGCCGUCUACCGUCCCCGUCUUCUCGCCGUCCCGUCCUCAUCUCUUCUCCAUCACCGCGUCUCCCUUCUUUCUCCGGUCUCUCUCCGGUUAACCCCCUCAUCUCAACCGGUCUUCCAGGUUGGCAAAGCUUCGAGGAUGGGUUCAAGAUCAUCGACGGCGGUGGCCGUGUGUACGCGAUGAGGCACGGGAGGAGAGUCCCGAAGCUGAACAGACCACCGGACCAGAGGAAAGCUCUGCUCCGUGGGCUCACGACGCAGCUGUUGAAGCACGGGAGGAUCAAGACGACUCGAGCUAGAGCCAGUGCGAUGAGGAAGUUUGUGGAUAAGAUGAUUACUCUCGCUAAGGACGGGUCUCUGCACAAGCGGAGGCAAGCGUUGGGGUUUAUCUACGAGAAGCAGAUCGUUCACGCCCUGUUCGCUGAGGUUCCGGAUAGGUAUGGGGAGAGGAAUGGAGGGUACACGAGGAUCAUUAGGACUCUUCCGAGGAGAGGUGAUAAUGCUCCUAUGGCGUACAUUGAGCUUGUUUAAGAGGUUGUUAUUUGUCAUUUUGAUUUAUUUCGGAAUUGCUAGACGCUUUGCUUUGUAAUCUUGAGCCUGUUGUUUAUUAUGCAGAUAUAUGAGAUCGUUUGUUGUGCUUUGAAA